CAUCUAUAUAUAUAGAGAGACAAUCAAGUAGAUUGAUUUUAAUUUCCACCUGAAUAAUAAUAAUAAUUAUUAUUAUUAUUAUGGCAAACACAAUGGAGAAGCAAUCUUCUUUCGGUUCUUCGCGAAGGCAUCUGGAAAACGAGCUCGAUUUCAGCUUGAAAGAGUGGGCCAUCAAGGCCCGAAUCGGCCGCGAAAAUCCCGGAAAUUCGAGGAGAUUUUCGUCUUCGAAUUUGAAGAGUUUCAGAGAAGAAGAUAAUACAAAGUCUUUCAGAUCAAAUAAUAUGACCAUUAUUUCCAGCACUGCUUCUUCUCCUGGCUAUACACUUAAAGAGGAAAUUGACCCUUCUACAUAUUCAUUCACCACUGCCCUCAAAGCGUUACAGGCGAAAACAGUGUACACAUGGGAUUACUUAUCACCGCAAGACGGAUUGACACUCAACUCGAAAUGGAACGAUGCGGAGAAAUACAUAUCGAAUCCACUAUCGGGAGAAGUUCCGCUCGAGUGUUUAUCGGCCAAAACGCUUAGCCAAAGAUCGUUCCGGAGCAGGAUUACUAUGUCCGCACCGCUCAUCUAUCCUUCUCAUCACAUGAUAAGUAAUCCCGCCACCUCAGCCGUACUCAACGGGCGCGAAAACGAAGCCGAAGUCACUUCCAAAGAGAAGAAAACGAGUACGACACGGGACGUGGGAACUCAAAGCACACCGGUGUAUCUUAGUUCGACAAUUCUAAGUCCUAGUAUUGAAGAAAAAUCAAGAAAGCUAGUCAUUAGUGAUCAAGAAAAUGGAGAUCACAUUGGAAAAUUGAAAUCUGCAAACACAGAGGUACAAGUGGAAGAAACAAGAGAGAAGAAAAAUGGUGGAGGAGGAGGAGAGAGAAAGAAGGUGAUGACGUGGAGGGAGAGGUGCCAGGGUGGAAUGGGGUGCCUAACACUGAGAAGUUGUGUAAAGCACAGAGACAAGCAAAAAAAUUAAAAAUUAAAUAAACAGCACUUAGUUUAUUAUUUUUUGUAUUUAAUUAAUGAUUUGCUAAGAAGAAUGAAGUUUGUUGUCACAAAAUGGAAAGAUUCUCUAUUCUCAAUUUUAUGUAUGUAUGUAGCUAAUAAACUUUAUCUAACUCUCCUUCUCUCUCUACCCUACAAUGGAUCUAGUAUUAUAACCUCA